UUUCCGCAUGCAGGGGUACGACACGUAAUCAAUCCCGCUGCUCUUAUUGGCUGGCACGUAUGUGGGACAAAGGUUGUGGUGGUGUUCAGUCCGGUAAUACGUGCAGUGCUAUCAAUCCAUAACAAUGCUGCUCAACAAGUUUCUGAAAGCCAGCGUGCGGUCCGGGGUCCGGCUGCAGAGCUCUGCUGCUACUGCAGCCAGUGCUGCUGCACCCAACAACAUAUCCCUCGGCUUCUCAUUUGAGCUGUCUGAUCAGCAGAAAGAGUUCCAACAGCUGGCGAGGAAGUUUGCUCGUGAAGAGAUCCUCCCUGUUGCAGCUGACUAUGACAGGAGUGGUGAAUAUCCUAUGCCCAUCAUCAAGAAAGCAUGGGGACUUGGUUUGAUGAACGGCCACAUUCCUCAGGAUUAUGGUGGAAUGGGUUUGACAAUCUUUGACAACUGCCUCAUCACAGAAGAGUUGGCUUACGGCUGCACAGGAGUACAGACCGCUAUCGAAGCAAACUCUCUGGGACAAAUGCCUGUUAUUAUAGCCGGCAAUGAAGCGCAGAAGAGUAAAUACCUGGGUAGGAUGAUGGAGGAGCCUCUCAUGUGUGCAUACUGUGUGACGGAGCCCGGGGCCGGCUCCGAUGUGGCCAGCCUCAAGACCAAAGCGGUGAAGAUGGGCGAUGAGUAUGUUGUUAACGGGCAGAAGAUGUGGAUCACCAAUGGUGGGAAAGCAAACUGGUACUUCCUCCUGGCCCGGUCUAACCCAGAUCCUAAAUGUCCUACCAGCAAGGCUUUCACUGGCUUCAUUGUGGACGCUGAUACUCCAGGAAUUAUAGUAGGAAGAAAGGAAAUGAACAUGGGCCAGAGGUGCUCUGAUACCAGAGGCAUCACAUUUGAGGAUGUGAGGAUACCGAAGGAGAACGUCCUGAUCGGUGAGGGGGCCGGCUUCAAAAUUGCCAUGGGGGCCUUCGACAACACAAGGCCACCAGUGGCAGCAGGAGCCACAGGUCUGGCUCAGAGGGCGUUUGAAGAAGCAACAAACUACGCACUGGAGAGGAAGACCUUUGGAAAAGUUAUUGCUGAGCAUCAGGCCGUGUCCUUCAUCCUGGCUGAGAUGGCGAUGAAGGUGGAGUUGGCCAGGAUGGCGUACCAGCGGUCGGCCUGGGAAGUGGACCAGGGCCGCAGGAACACAUACUACGCCUCCAUCGCCAAAGCAUUCGCCGGAGACAUCGCCAAUCAGGUGGCCACUGACGCCGUUCAGGUAUUCGGAGGAAACGGUUUCAACAGCGAAUACCCCGUGGAGAAGCUGAUGAGAGACGCCAAGAUCUACCAGAUCUACGAGGGCACAGCUCAAAUCCAGAGAAUGAUUAUUGCCCGAGAACUCCUGGGAAGAUACAAGAAGUGAACUCAUCACACCUGACAUCCCUUAUGUACUAAUGUUGUAACUUUUCUACACAUAUUGUACAUGUGUUCCUGGACUUAGAUCUGCUUAUUUAUACUCAGGAUAUCGUUGCAAAAUGAUAUCGUUUGCCUUAUGAGCACUUAAUCCGGGCCGUGCUUUGUUCAGAUAGAUCCAGACUUUGCGUCAGCCGUCCACUUUUCUAAUCCGAGAAAAUCACUACCCUUCAACAACACCUGUGCAAGUUUUUUUUCAAAUGCGUUGUAGAACUGUUGCCUUCUUUUGUAACUUGAUGGGUUGGGGAUUACCAUAUUCAGGCAAGAUAUCACAUGACUGUCCGGGCUGAGGCUCCAACCUCUGUAAAUAGUGUCAGCCAGUCAAACACUUCACUGCUCAACACGAACAGAUAAAGCAUAUGAACUAUGACAACAGUAGCCUCCUGAUCCUUCUUGGAAGAAGUCAGGAAUGUAAUGCUCAAAUAUAAAAUGAAUAUUGUUGUUAACAAACAUCUAAAGUAUCAGAGUGCACAAUUUUAACUGUAUAUUAUAUUGCUGUAUUUAAUCAUGUGAUGCCUUUUGCUUGAGUGGACGCCAAGAAGGUUAGCGCUCUCUGAGGCCUCCUUUCAUAGGGAUCCGGUUAACAAACAAUAAACAGCAGUCGGGACAUGAAACUGCAGAGUUGUUUUUAUCUGGUACAAUAUGCUGGUGUCUGUUUGAGAGUAGGUGGAUCAUUAUAAACUCACAGGCCCAGUCCAGAAAGACAAUAUGUAGAUUUUUUGGGGUGAGGGUAGAUUGUCUCAUUUAGGAGAGGAGCAUGUUCAGCCUUACACUGUGUGUGCUGCAACUCUUUUUGUUCUCAUUCUAAUUGACAAUAAAAGCAUGUCAAAGCAAA